AUGUUGUCUUGGCUAACAGGAGAAACAACCUCUGAGAACACCACGAACAAUUUUUCAUUUCCAACUCAUCCCGAAGUAACUAUUCUUCCGGAACAAAGUUCGGAUACUCCCAUCAUCAUUGAUGGAAUGCUAUUGUUUUCGUAUAAAGAAAUCAUGGCCAUUCGUGAAGAAGCCACCAAUGAAGAAGAUUACGAAGUACUCUACGAAGAACCAGAAAACUAUCGUCGAAUGCUCGUUAAAAAGAAAGGCGAAGGAUCUACCGGUGAAAUUAAAAGACACAAAUACAUUCGAACUAAUUUUCCAUGUUCGCCCAAAGAAAUGUUUGUGGCCGUACGCGAUUUUGAGAGAAGAAAAAAUUGGGAUGAUCGAUUGGAAGAGAGAAAUGUAUUGAGAGUGUUUAGUUAUGUGGAUAAGGAAAGCGGACACAAAGUUGUCAUUUCAAUCGAACGAACAGCUCAUAAGGGUGUAUUUCCUGUUCAAGGUAGAGAUUUCAUUUCCAUGACCGGAGUGGUCCAACUCAAUGAAUUUCACUAUGUAACACUUUCUAAGGCAUUGGAAUUUCGAAUGAUUCCUUAUGCAACAACGACAGGUGUCACUAAACCUCCACCACCGCUUCCUGUGGAUAAAUAUGGUCCUUCUGAAGGAUUUAAUGGAUAUAUUCGUGGAGUGAAUAAGUAUUUCGCGAAUGAAUGUUUUGGUAAUGAGACCACUACGACCUAUACAACCAUUGUUGAGACUGAUGUAAGAGGAUGGGUUCCAGCUACUGUUUACAAUUGGUUUGUGAAAUUUAUUCCAGCACAAGGAGAAGGAAAUUUAAUUAAAGGUUUGGAAUGGAGAAAAACCAAUGGUGUUGGAUGUGAUUUGAAUGAAUUUUACUACAACCAUGACAGCCCUCUUUUCAAAAAAUAG